AUGACUCUUGAUUCUACAAUCCCCAUCACUCUGAGUAAUUUCCUAUCAGCUGCUACUAUGACCUAUGCUCAACACUUAACACAUGGGCUUCCAGAACCACCAAUCCAUCUGUUGUAUCCUAGCAUUGUGAUGUUUGUGGUGGGCAUCAUUGGCAACUUCUACCACCACUACCUUUUGUCCAACUUGAGGGAAAAGGGUGAAAAUGAGUACAAGAUUCCAAAGGGUGGCUUGUUGGAGUUUGUGAUAUGCCCCCUGUAG